AGAGAUUAAGAUGCGAAAAGAGCCUCUGAAAUUAUUAUUAGAGGAUAAUGAUCUCGAGAUUAUAAAAGCAAAAACAUUUGAUUCACAUUCUCAACGUAAUGCAACUAGCUUUUAUUCAAAUAUAUCAGAUGAACAUGAAUAAUUUAGUGAUGGAAAACGAUAUUAAUGUGAUUCAUCUUAUUCAUCAAGUAGUCUUCAUAGUUCUAGAACUCUUGCAGAUGAAACAUUAUUACAAAACUAUUAAAAACGUUUAGGUAAUAAAUAAUUACAUUACAAGAUCCUGAAAUCUUAUCAGAGCAAGCAAAAUUUGUUUUUUUGAUUGGAAAUUAAUCUUCAGAAGAAUGGAUUGUAAAUUUCAAUGAAAAAUGUUUAAAAGUUAAUUAAUUUUUCAAAGAAUCUCUUUUCAAUUCAUUAUUACUUACUGCAUUUAAUGAUGAUGAUUGUAAAUUAAAAAGAAAACUAGUACUCACUUUAGAUUAUUUUACAAAUCUUAUCACAUUUACUUUCUUUCUAAUUUGGAAAUGGAUUUAAAAUGAAAACUAAUAAGACAUGUCAUAAUUUGUUUCAAAUUGCAAUUCGAUUACUGAAUUCAUAGUAUUAAUGAUAACAUUAAGAAUUAAUGAAUUUAGAGUGGAAUGGCAAUUAAUUACAAUAAUAGAGUAGAUAAUAUAACCAUUUCAUGAAAAGUAAAUUUUAAAGGAAUGUUCAGAAACUUUUAGAUCUUAUUUAUCAGUAGGACUCUUUCAAUCUAAAAUUGUUACUCAACGUGUUAAAAGAACUUCAGUAUUACCUUGGACAACUGAUGAAGUAGCUUUUGUAUUGAGUUUUAUGAGUUAAUCGUUUUAUGCAGGAUUAUAAUUAAAAAAUGUUAUUGUUAAAGGGGGAUUAAAUAACGUAUAAAUUUAAUUUAUAAAUAUAGUAUUUUAGAAGAAUCAAUACAAUAUCUUAAUUUAUUAUAUAUUCAGUAGUAAGAAGUCCAAAUAAACAUGAUCGUUAAGAUGCAUUAGGAUAUUGGAUAGAAUUAGCAGAAAAACUUUAAAGCAAUUAUGAUUUAGAAGGACUGUUUAUAGUAUAUAAAUAUGGAAUCUAAUUAUUAUUAAAAGAUUAUAUAGGAACAAUGCCAAUAUUAUUUAGAGAUUAAAAUAGAAUACCUCGCAUUAAUACAUUUUAUGAAGAACAUAUAAAAUCUAAUUUUAAUGAGAUUUUAAAAAAUGAACAUUAAUUUUACAUACCCUCGUUUCAUAAAAUUAUUACUCAAAUUAAGCGUUUAGAAUAACAAGUUAAAAUGAAUAAAACAUUUUUUGAUUAAAUAUCUGAUAUCUUAUUUUAAUUAGUUUAGAUUUCAAAAAGACAAUAUAAACUACAUUAAUAAAUGAGUGCAAAAGUACUUAAUAUGUAUUUUCUUAGAUUUCUGAUAAUGAGGAAUAAAUAAUUCAUUAUUUUAUUAAAGGAAUAGAAAAAGAAUUGGAAGUCAAUCUGUAAAUACCUCUAGAUAAAGAAACAUUAGUGUACAUAGAAUUGAUUAAAUUGGCUAAAAAUACUAAUUGA